AUUGUUAAUCCCAUUUCUUCCUUUUCCUUACGUUGCGUUGCACACCUCCAGUAAUCGUAGUAAUCCUACUACUCAGGUGAAACAAAUUUGGUCAUUUCCACUUUUCCGUUGUCAAGCUAUCACCAUGUCGAAUGCUUCUUGGCAGGAGAUGGAAGCUAAGCGACAAGAGAUGAUCGCAUCUUUCAAAGAUCUCGCAGCUGUCAUGUCACGUUGCGUUACCAUAAUCGAAGAUUAUGCUAGAUUAACUCCUUCAAACAUAUCUCUCCCCAUGCCAAAUUUACAACACGUUCAAAGUUUACCGAAUUUCCUACCGAAUGCCGCGGAAUUAGCUUCGUUCCAAGCUUUGAUGGCUCAAGCUCAAGCUCAACAUAAUCAGAUGCAACAACUUCAAGGAGGUUCAAGACCUUCUCUUGGAAACAGUUCGUCUAUAGGAGGUGUUGGACAAGGAGUAGGUGUUGGAUCUCCUAUGGAAAUGGCAAAGAAAGAAAAAAAGAAAAGAGAAAGGAAACCUAGAGAUCCGAAUGCACCUAAACGUCCACCUAGCGCUUAUAUCAUGUUUCAGAAUGAAGUGAGGGAUCAGAUGAGGAAGACGAAUCCUGAAAUUGCGUAUAAAGAGGUUUUGGGGAUGAUUUCUCAGAAAUGGAAGGAUUUAAGUGAUGAGCAGAAGAGGGUUUACGAAACCGAAUAUGCCAAACAGGUCAACGGAUACAACACAUCGGCAGAACUUUAUAAACGAUCCAAUGAACCGAGUGUUGGUCCAAUUACCGCCCCUGUCCGAGUUGCACAAGCGGAAUCAGACUCUUCGGAUUCGGAUAGUGACACUUCGUCUUCUGAUGAUGAGCCUCCUCCCAAGCCCAAACCCGUCCCGAUCUCCGCUCCAGUCCUAACCACCCCGAUCCACGCACCCAUCUCGAUAUCUACUCCCGCUACGUUCAAGAAAGAGAAGAAACGGAAAAGUAAGAUGGAGGAAGGUGUGGUGGCCAAUAUGCUCGAAGCGAGCGUGGAGAAGAAGCUAUCAAAUCCUUACUUUUCACCUGAGAGCAAGGUUUAUUUGGUCCAAGUGAAAGUGGUUGCUAGGAAUACUAUACUUGCCCCAUCGGGAAAUUCUUUUUACUGGUUGCACACCGCUUCCACACCGCCUCUCAACUCGGCUCGCCACACAAUCACAAUCAACAGCUGA